AGAGUGCUUCCUUCUCAACUAUACACCAGCUAGAACACGACACAAGGCCAUGCCACCAAAGCCUGCCAACAAGAAAGCAUCCCCGAAAGGUGGAAAGAAGAAUAACGAUGAAGGCGAAUCAUCAAAGGGAGGCAAAGCCCUCAAGACCGCCAAUAGCAUCAAGGUGCGCCACAUCCUAUGUGAGAAACAGAGCAGAGCAUUGGAGGCCAUUGAGCAGUUAAAGGCUGGCGUUGCAUUCAAUAAGGUUGCUGAAGCAUUUAGCGAAGACAAGGCCAAAGAAGGAGGCAGCUUGGGUUGGAUGGUGCGAGGAUCAAUGGUUGGGGCCUUUCAAGAUGCUGCAUUCCAGCUACAGCCCAGUUCAGUUGCUAAGCCCGUGUACACGGAUCCACCUGUCAAGACCCAACAUGGAUACCAUGUCAUUAUGGUCGAAGACCGCAAGAAUUAGGGGAUCCCUCCAGUGGCUUGAGAUUACCAUUCAGCAUUGUACGCCAAUGUAUACAUAUACAUGCGUGCGCGUCCAGUGGCGCAAAUACAAAUUGAAAAUAAAAAAAAAAGCUUGAUCAGCAAUCUCGCGU